AAGCUACCAGAAUGUGGGAAAAUGUCACCUUUACGAUGCCUAUAUAUAGACGCCCUGUCUUGACCUUUUUCACUCGCAAGGUACCGAUUGCUCAGAGUGAUCAGUAAACACGGAGGAAUCUUGAUCUCCAUAUUAAUCUUAGUCACCCUACGUCGAGUUUUGGUAUUUCCGAAAUGGCCAGCUCUAGGUUGGUUGCUGCUGCAUUCUUGGCUUUGCUCCUUGCUGACCUUACCUUUGCCACGAGAUCACCAAAGGUCAUAGUUGGGAAGAGUGGAGGUGGCGGUGGAGGAGGGGGAGGUGGUGGUGGUGGUGGAGGUAGUUCAGGAGUUGGGUCCGGUUCAGGCUAUGGUUCAGGUUACGGGUCUGGGAGUGGUUCUGGAUAUGGUACUGCAGGAGGAGGUGGUGGUGGCAAGGGAGGAGGUGGAGGUGGUGGUGGAGGAUCUGGGGGUGUUUCAGGGUCUGGAUUUGGGUCCGGAAGCGGUUCUGGGUAUGGGUCAGGAUAUGGGUCAGGUGGUGGGACUGGAGGUGGAGGAGGUGGCGGAGGCGGCCAAGGCGGAGGAGGAGGUGGAGGAUCAGGAAAUGGAAGUGGGUCAGGUUAUGGCUCGGGAUAUGGAAGUGGCAGUGGAUAUGGAAGUGGGGGUGGAAGUGGAGGAGGUGGUGGAGGAGGAGGUGGUGGUGGAGGAGGAGGAGGCGGCAGCGGUUCUGGCUAUGGCUCUGGCUCUGGCUAUGGUAGUGGCUAUGGCUCCGGAGAAGGUUAUGGGGGUGAUGAAUUCCCAUGAACAUAAUAAAUUUGAUCAGUUUCUUCUGAUCAUUUGUAAUUUCAGAAUAAAUUGCAGCGGCUUCACCCACACUUUAUGCAUGUUAUGUGUUGGGUGGACGUUGCAAACGUCCAUAUCCGAACAUUUGCACCCUCUUAGACAUUGUUGUUGUUAUUAUAAUUAUUAUUAUUAUACUUCUACAAUAUAAAAUAAAAUGUUACUUUGUUAUUGUUAAA